GUCCGGUACUACGGCCGUGACGGUGACAACGAUGGGACAAGCGCCGCGUUCCUACACCAUCCGAGACAGUGCAUGGACAUUGUGCGAUGGCAUCAUACAGUAUCCAUCUACAAGUUUCAACGUGUUCAAUGAACUUUUGUCCGUACCGAAGUGCAUUGGACAAGAGAUAUCAUCGAGGCGAGACCCUUGCGUGUUCAGCUCAGUUAUAAAAUACGAAACUGUACCAAUACAGCGACAACUAGAAUACACUGAAGACGAUUACCUAUGCCUCAAAUCCAGCUUCAACACCACGCUUGCGCAAUACAUGAGCGUCACAAGGAAUCUCAUUAACGAAACAUGCAAAAACGGUCUAAUACGCAGUCUCACUGACAACAUAAUGGAAUGUGGUCUAAGAAUGAUGUCUGAAUACACCUUCUACCCUCACCGGGGCUCUACAGCAUCAGGAUUACCCCUCGAAUACUGUACAGAGCGCGACGGCUCCUGCAAACUGAUCAUUGCGUGGCACAUCUCCAAUACAACUGUGGAAAACUUCGAAUUUCUCAAAAACGAGCAAAGCUUUAAAAAGUUUUUCAUUAAACCUAGUACUUAUAUUGAACAUUUUUAAAUAAAAAAAAAUAUAUAUUUUAUGUAACAAGAUGUAAAAGUCUUUUUUCCUUAAUAUGAAAUGUAAUUCAUAGUGGAAGUAGGUAGGUAACGAAUCAUCAAUUGUAGAUGAUUUUUUUAUCAAACCAUGCGCAUAGCUUCUAGAGAUUAUUUGAAGAGGUUCCUGUGCCUCAGAUAUUAAUAAAAAUACUUCCAUGUUUCUAUAAUUUUCGUGGUAUUAAAUUCGCAGUAAGCGGUCUCAACUUUCUGGGGCGGGUACCACACCUCUUGGGUGAACAAUGAGCACGAGCCAGGAUCCGGAGCUUCACCUACAAACCAAACUUUAGGGUACCUAUAUUGGUACGCAUAGAUACUUAUACCUGUACAUAUUUUUUUCAGUGUACAAUAAUUCCGUAUCUAUUUCCACAUAAUUUACGAAAACAACCAAGCAGUCAUCUAUGAAGGUACGGACAUCUGCUGAAAUAAUGCCAUACACUACAAUGUCAGUUAGGUACAUUUUCCUGAUAAUUAAAAAAAAAUAUAUUAUGAAAUUACUCACGCAUUGGACCUAAAUAGUUUUUUUUUUUAUACAUACUUAUAACAUAUUAUGGGGUUUUAUAAUGAGUUGUCUGUAAGUACUGUAUCUAACUCCUUAUCAUAAGUACCUAUUAUCCUUUUGUUCAUGAUGCGAUACCACGUAUAUAUUUGUUAUUAGUCUUGAUUUUUAUUUAAAACUACCUCCUACCUACAUGUACAGGUAUAUAAAUACUUACAUAACCGUAUGGCGAGACGAUCAGGUUUCUUGCAUUAUGGUUAAUGUUUAAUUGAUGAUAAUUCAAUAAAUUAAUAAAAACAAAUACCAAUAAACGAAUUAUAUUUUA